UCCUCCCUCCCCCCAAAAAAAUUACGCAGCGCGGCUAACCGUUGUUUAGUCUGCAGCCGCAGCAUCGUGUCGCAGCGUCCCGGGAGACGCUGUCAGAGCAUCUGCUGGAAACAAACCUUCACCUUGACAAUCGGCUCCAGCCUUUUCUCAGCAGGGCAGUGGAGGAUUCAACACAUGGACUGAAUAAACGCCUAAAUGGAGUUUCCCUCGUGGUCGUGACUGUUCCACCGCCUCUCACCCUGCAGAAGAUCCUGCGCUAAAGUUGCCGCAGCAUCCACGCACUCCGUCUUCUGCAGACAUGGGCACCGUCCUCUCCAUAUCUCCGGCGACAAAGAAGGCGUCCAUCAUGGACGCCGAAGUCGCAGGAGACGGGCUGAAAAACGACAAAAGUCUGAAGCGUCACUCGAUGUUCGUCUCCCUGUCCUGGAAGAAGCUCGUGGCCAAUUCGGCCAAGAAGAGUGCCAAGAAAGUGACGCCCAACCCACCGGUCAUCCGCGAGCUGCCGUCCAGCCAGGUGGCGCAGCUCAACUGUGAAAACAUCCGGAAGACGCACCAGGCCGAGGAGAAAAAACCCAAGGCUCCUAUCCCAGUACCGGUGCCCACCGUGCCCACGCAGAACAAUGAGACCGUGGCCCAGAGCGGAAAGCCCCCUGCGGCGCACAAGCAGCCCAGCAGCCUGUCCCUGCUGUCCCCCCGGCGGAUAGUCAUCCAGGCUUCCACCGGGGAGCUGCUGCGCUGUCUGGGGGACUUCAUGUGCCGCAGGUGUUACAAACUGAAAGAGUUAAACAGCGGGGAGGUCAUUCUCUGGUUCCGAAACAUAGACCGGACUCUGUUGAUCCAGGGUUGGCAGGACCAGGGUUUCAUCACCCCGGCCAACGUGGUGUUCGUGUACCUGCUGUGCGAGGACAGCAUCGUGGACAGCAUCGACAGCCCGGCCGAGCUGCAGGGCACGUUUCAGACUUGUCUCUACCUCGCCUACUCCUACAUGGGCAACGAGAUCUCCUACCCGCUGAAGCCCUUCAUGAACGACACGAACAAGGACGUUUUCUGGGAGACGUCUCUCCGCAUCAUCAACAGGAUGAGUGCCAAAAUGCUGCAGCUCAACGCGGACCCGCACUUUUUCACCGAGGUCUUUCAGGACCUGAAGAACCAGCGAGACACCAGCGAGGCGAACCUGGACCGCUGACAGGGACUCGAACCAGAACCCGGGUGGCUUUAAACAUAUUAAGAAUCAUUUGACACUGGUUUUAGAUGAAGUGGCGUCGACGUCUCAUCACGAUCAAACACCUGAGUGUGGGCUUUAGGUACAGCUACAGUGGCUACAGAUUUCACAAAUGCAUGCCAGUGAUUCAUUCACAACCCCCCCCACAUCCCCCCCCCCCUUUUAUUUUCAUGCCGUGGACUGACAUUGUGUUAGAAUAACUCAGUUCCUUCCGUGCUGAGGUGAGUGGAUGUCGCAUGAAGGCAGGACCAGAAUAGACAAGUGUCGGCGAGAAGUGAGGAGGUGGAGCUGUCCGAGGUGCUGACCUGUGCAACCGCGUAUUCCCUCUCUCUCUCCCCCUCUCUCCCCCACAGCCGCUGUCCCUCCCCUGUCUCUUUUCCACAACAGAGCCUGGAGUGGCUUAUCAGGAACUCGGACGCGGUCCUUCAUUUUUAGCCCCUAAGCUCGUAACAACCUGGUGAAGCAGUAUUGGACUGGAGUAAACACGUACAAGUACUGCGCUGUAUUCAGGUCUCAGGCCGAUAAUUACCACAGUGUACACGCAACAAAUGCCACAGGCAUGACGACCCCCUCCCUCCCUCCCUCCCCACGGGACAGAACACUUCACCUGUAUGAUUGUAGAUAUUUCUCUGUAGUUUUUUGUUUGUUGUUGUUUUAUUCGUUGUUUGCGUAAAUAUAUAUUUAAAAUCCGUGCUGUGACGGGAACACUCCGCCAGGGGUCAGCCACACUCACUUGACAAUUGUGAAAGUUGUAACUUAUUGAAUGUAAUAAACUGCACUAAGUUCGCCCGUGGAUGGUUCCAGAACGUCCACCGCUCUCAUCGGGAGGCCUCCGUCGUGUUAAAUACGUUUGACAUACACACUGACCUCUGGGAUGUAUUGUUCAGCAACAUAUCUCAGAGGUCACUCGACUGUGGUGCCAACCCUGAGAUGUUGAAACCUUCUCUCCCCGAGGCUGUUGUUUACAUAUUAUAUCUGUUGAAUCUGUUUGUUCUUAUUUGUCAUCUGCCUGCUGUGACAGUGGCUGCUGCUUUUGACGUGUUUUGACGUGUUUUGACCGCGCUCCCAGCUUAGUCAAAUUUAGCGCUUUAAUUAAUGCUGCGAUAUUUUUGCCCGGGUUUCGUGAACGUGCACUUUGAUUUAAUCUGCCGGAUUGAAACCUCCAUCACCCAAUGAUGUAAAUACUGAAUGUAACUCGUUAG